GAGAUUUGCCUUCGUCAGGAGAGCCACAGUCGCCAGAAGGACCAUUUCUGUUCACAGUUCGACUUCUUGCAUAUCCCUUGCUAUGAUCGCACUUCGCUUGAUGGCCGUGACCCUGUUGGUGGCGCUGGCGGCCUCGACGACCUGGGCUCGCAGCUUCAACAAGCGAGCAAACUUCGACCCUUCCUGCACGGGCGUCUACGACCGGGAGCUCCUGGGGAGGCUGAGCCGCCUCUGCGACGACUGCUACAACGUGUUUCGCGAGCCCAAGGUGGCCACGGAGUGCAGGAGCAACUGCUUCUACAACCCCGUGUUCGUCCAGUGCCUGGAGUACCUGAUUCCGGCCGACCUGCACGAGGAGUACCAAGCCCUCGUGCAGACGGUGGGCAAGUAGGCUCGCUCGACCUGCCACGACCUCGCCUCGCGCACUCACGCCAACGGCCAGAAGACAGAGGGGAUUUCAGGAUUUGUUUAGGGCCAACUGGCGCAUUUUGUCACCGGAUUUUUGUAUGAACUUUCAUACACCAGAGUGUGAUGAAUCCCCAAAUGAAGUGUGAUGGAAUU